AUGAAGUCUUUCUCGGUGGCCGCCCUGGCGCUCAUCGCCUCUCCGGUCCACGCAGGUCUUCGCUUCGGAUGUAGCAGCUUGAUUGUUACUCGUCUCGAUCCUGUGGUCGAGCCCGGCCGAGCCCCUUCGGCCCAUCUUCAUCACAUUGUCGGCGGAAAUGCCUUCAACGUGACCAUGACGGGCGAUGUUGGCUCGCGAGGCACCUGCACCACCUGUGAGAUGGCCGAGGACUUUUCCAACUACUGGACCGCCGUGCUGUACUUCAAGCACCCGACCAACGGCUCGUACCACCGCGUGCCAGUCACCAACAAUGCUGCCCUCGCCUCGGGCACCAGGGGAGGAAUGACAAUCUACUACACUCCUUAUGACUUCUCCUCGGACAACCUCAAGAAGCAACCCAUCACAGCCUUCAAGCCAGGCUUCAGAAUGACAGUCGGCAGCCCGACCACCAGCACUCUGGCCGCGGCCAAGGGCCACAUUGGCUUGCGCUACAACUGCCUCCAGACCCUCAUCAACCGGGGCGCGGAGAUGGCCGACUUUCCCGACAAGCCCUGCCCGGCCGGCAUCUUCACCGUCCACCACUUCCCCGCAUGCUGGGACGGCAAGAACCUCGACAGCCCGGACCACCAGUCGCACAUGUACAACACCAUCACGCGCGACGGGUUCACCAACGCGCCGGCCUGCCCGGCGUCGCACCCGGUGCGCAUGCCGCAGGUGACGUACGAGACGGUGUGGGACACGACCAAGUUCAACAGCCUGUGGCCGUCGGGCACGCCGAACCCGUACGUGUGGAGCUUCGAGGGCAGCAGCGGGUACGGCACGCACGCCGACUACAUGUUCGGGUGGAAGGGCGACUCGCUGCAGCGCGCCAUGGACAAGGACGGUUGUUUCUAUGAUGGCUGUGGCACCAUCAAGAAGCAGACCAUGAACGUCGCCAACCAGUGCACCGUCAAGGACAUGGUCAACGAGAACACCGACGGCUGGGUCACCGCGCUGCCGGGCCAGAUGGCGUAG